UGACGAAGUCCGCGGAGUGAAAUGAUGUCAAUUAUUAAUGUCGCGUUUUGUAAAAUUUCUAUUCGCAUUUGAUCGAGUCGUAUUUGAAAUAAUCUGGUAUUUGGUGUUUUCGUCCUGUGCUGGGCCAGGCCUUUGUCCGGGCGGUGAUAUUUAAUGUGCUGGUUGUACGCUGCAAAAUGUCGAAACAUGAUCGUGCUAAAUCGGGUGGCUUGCUGGAUACGCUAUUUUUCGGACGACCACACAAAAAGGGUGGUCGUGGCGGCUCCGGUAGCUACGGGACUGGCGGGCCUGCUGGGGGUAGUGGCCACGGCGGGUACAGUAUGAAUGGGGGUCGGCCGCUGUCUGGGGCGGAAUCGGAACUGGCCAUCCUCGACGAGUUGAACAACGAAAUGAAGCGUAUGAACGAGGCGGAAGUGAAUCAGAAAUUCCUCGAGAUACUGGAAGACAUGAAUAUCCAGAAGGAUAAGCGCGAUCCGCUGCUGCUAAAGUCGCUUGAUGAAAAGAAAACGAUGAUACUGAUGCAUGUAAAAGGCAAAACCAACACCGAACACCGUGCCAACUCGCGUUUCGAGAAACCUGUCGACUAUAUUCAGUACCUGCGCGACGGUGAUUUCAUCAGUCGGAUUCCGAAAAUUCUCCAAUGCAUGGAAAGUCUACGGGUGGCGUUGACCAGCAAUCCAAUCAGCUGGAUCAAGGAAUUCGGCGAGGCCGGAAUCGACGAAAUCGUAAACCUGCUGCGACACUGCAAAUCUAAUCCUCGGCGGUUCGAGAAAAUCGAAUAUGAGUGCUUGCGCUGUCUGAAGGCCAUAAUGAACAACUCGUGGGGUCUGAAUGUGAUUCUAACACCGGAUCAGCAUGCGGCAGUUUUGCUGUUGGCUCAAAGUGUCGACGCCGGAAAGCCACAUACAAUGUGUGAAGCAGUGAAACUGCUGGCCGCCAUCUGUCUGGUGAAGGAACGGAACGGUUACGAAAAAGUUCUGAAAGCGAUUACCAACGCAACAAUGAUGGCACGACCCGGAGGUGAUCGAUUUCGGCCAAUUGUAGAUGGACUAUUUGUCGAACACGACCGGAAUUGGGAGUUGGCGAGCAACACAAUGAUUUUUAUCAAUUGUCUAAUCAAUACAUCUUCGGAUAUCAAUUUCCGGUUACAUUUAAGGUGUGAAAUGAUGCGUGCUGGGUUGCACGACAAGUUGGACCAGCUUGCAGAGAUCGUGGAAAAAAGCAACAAUGAGAAUCUGGAGAAACAUUUCAAAAUCUUCAACGCUUUUCGAGAGGAUGAUUUUGAAGAGUUCAGCAAUAGAUUUGAUAAUGUUCGACUAGAUCUGGAUGACAUGCAUGAGUGCUUCGAAUUGUUGAAGAAUCUUGUUGUGGAUACAAGCUGUGAACCGUACUUUUUAUCGAUACUGCAGCAUCUCCUGUUUAUCAGAGACGACUAUAUUUACCGGCCUGCAUAUUUUAAAUUGAUUGAAGAAUGUGUUUCGCAAAUUGUGCUGCACAAAAGCGGGUGUGAUCCAAACUUUGAAAGUCGAGAUUUUCAUAUCGACACAUCAACCUUGCUGGAAGACAUGGCCGAAAAAACGAAGCAAUUGGAAACAAAAAAGAGCGAGGAUUUCGAAAAGCGAAUGGAAGAGCUGCAAACGGCCAAACAAGAAGCGGAAGCCAGAGCAGCCGCACUGGAAGAUCGCUUGAAGGAGAUCGAAGCUACCGGGGUAAUAUCUCCGAAAGGGAAGAGCAAACUACCUCAAAUCAAUAUUCCUCCACCACCACAGAUGCCUGGAAUGGGAGGUCCACCACCACCGCCGCCUCCACCGGGAAGUGGUGGGGCCCCACCACCUCCACCGCCACCGAUGAUGAUGCCAGGAGUUCCUCGACCACCGCCAAUGCCAGGAAUGGGUCCACCCCCUCCUCCUAUGCCGGGAAUGGGACCACCUCCUCCACCAAUGCCAGGCAUGAUGGGGCCACCAGGUUUCCGUCCAAUGGCUCCUGUUCCCGCACCUUUACCACACGGCCUGAAGCCGAAAAAGAAAUGGGACACUGACGGUCCUAUGAAGCGGGCCAAUUGGAAAGCAAUUAUUCCGCAAAAACUAUCGGAGCACUCGUUUUGGGUGAAGGUGCAGGAGGAUAAGCUUGCUGACGAAGAAAUACUGUCAGGUUUGGCAGCAAAGUUCUCCUCGAAACCAAUGAAACCAGCGGAUAAGGAUUCGGUAGAUCGACCGCCCUCUUCGAAAAAGAACAUUGAUCUUCGAGUGUUGGAUGCGAAGACCGCACAAAAUCUAUCGAUUUUACUUUGUGGUUCCCUUAAGCAUCUAUCCCAUGAACAAAUUCGAACGUGCCUUCUGCGAUGUGAUACCACAGUGCUCGGACCGAGCGUACUGCAACAACUUAUUCAAUAUAUACCGCCACCAGAUCAACUUAAACGAUUGCAAGAAAUUCGAGCCCGUGGGGAAGUUCUAGCAGGACCGGAAGCUUUCGCGACAACGAUAGGUGACAUCAAGCGUCUCGGAGCACGACUGCAAAGUUUAAGCUUUAGGCUAAACAUGCCAGAUAUGGUACAGGAUUGCAAACCAGACAUUGUAGCAGGAACGGCUGCCUGUGAGGAAGUUAAAACGAGUAAAAAGUUUGCUAAGGUGUUGGAGCUGAUUCUUUUACUGGGGAAUUACAUGAACUCUGGAUCAAAAAAAGAAGCCGCAUUUGGUUUUGAGAUCAGUUUCCUCCCAAAGCUAAGCAGUACUAAGGAUUACGAAAAUAAGCAGACAUUGCUACACUAUAUAGCGGAUGUAGUAGAGAAAAAGUUCCCGGAAGCGCUUACAUUCUAUGAAGACUUGUCGCACGUCGACAAGGCUUCGCGGGUUAGUUUGGACAAUAUCCAGAAAACGAUGAGGCAGAUAAAUAACUCACUCAAAAACCUUGAAUCUGAUUUGAACAAUAACAAAAUUCCUCAAAGUGACGAUGAUCGAUUCAUGGAAGUUAUGGGAAAGUUUGCCGUUGAAUGUCGCGCCCAGGUGGAAGUGCUAGGACGUAUGUUAUCACAAAUGGAGUCUCUAUUCCAGAAUUUGUCAGAAUAUUACUGCUUCGAUCCGGCCAAAUACACCAUGGAGGAGUUCUUCACGGACAUCAGAACGUUUAAGGAUGCCUUUGUGCAAGCCCAUGCCGAUAAUAUGAAGCAGCGCGACGAAGAGGAUAAGAAACGUAGAACGACCGAGGCUAAGGAACGAGCGCAACGAGAAAUGCAGGAACGGCAGCAGCGCAAAUUAGCCUUAGUGGAUAUCGAUGCUGUACAAACACAGGAAGGUGUAAUGGAUAGUUUGCUGGAGGCCUUACAGACUGGUUCUGCUUUCGGCAACCGAGAUCAGCGACGACGACGAGGGCCACGACCUGCCGGGGCUGAAAGGAGGGCCCAGCUAAAUCGUAGCCGAUCCAGAACCGGUAUAACAGCUAAUGCUUUCUCCAGCAGGGAGAUGCUUUCAGAGUUACUAGGUCCAGCGUAGAGCUAUGCGAUAUGGCUGUCGCAAAAAUGUGAAAAUUCAGCAAGCAAAAUGUACUCGCAUCGUGGGGUUUACUGUUACCUAGCGGAUAAUCAGACGAAAUCCUACCUACGGUUAGGACUAACACUAAUAAAGCUUCAAGUGACCGAAAUGCUAGUGAAAUUUGUUUUGGCUUAACCGAGAUAAAACUCACGACGCCGAAAACAUAUACGUAGCUGGACAAGCACGUAAUUUUGUUCCCAAUUCCUCGUGGUUUUCCGCGCGUUUAUUGUUUUAUCCUAUUAAUGCAGUUUAUUAUUCAUUCCACUUAUAGGACUUUCAGAUUUUCAUCCUAAAAGAAUCGUAUUUAUUACAGCUUGCAGUUUUCAAAACCAUUACGUUUUAUUUUCGCUAGUUUUGUUAAAUAUAUAUUUGCAAAUUAAAUUAUGAAAAACCCGGACACCACUGCGAUAUUUUUAUUUUUUUUUCCUGCGAGCACAAUAUUACAUCUUCAGAAGUGUUAAUGUUUCGGUCACUUUCUAGCAUGACUAUGGCACAACUGUCUGACGUCGCUAAGGCCGAAUAAGCGAAACAGUAUUGCGGAGUCAAUUGUUACGCGAACAAUAUUGUUAAAAUAUGUCUAUCGACAUAACGGAACUAAAUAUUUCCGGUGAAAUGGCAUUACUUAUAAAAUGAAAGUGUGCAGAUAAACCGAAAGCGCAAAAACGCAAUUAGUGUCAAAAACACCACAUAUCUAACGUAACAUUAAAUAUAACAAUAAACAAAUGAUUAGAUUAACAAAAGGAGCUCAUUUGCGCUUACUAAAAGACAUUUCCAAUUGCAGUAUAAAGUAUACAAAUUAUUAUUUACUGUUUACUGAAAAAUGGCGCUUUUAGAGCUAGGUUCGUAAUACUUUUUUAUAGUUCGAUACUAACAAAAAUAAAGCUUAUGGAUUGAGUAUGCAUCUGUUUUUUUGCAUACCUUUUUUAACUGCAAAAAUAAUUAAUUAUAACUUCAUAUGUACCAUAUACAAGUGAUAAGCGUAUCGAAAUACUUACGGCCCAUUUUUCCGAUAUAUAUUUUCUAAAACAUCUAUACACACACAAAAUAUAUAUUAUUAUACUGGUAGCAGAUUAAGCAAA